AUGGGGGGACCCCACCCUACGGGGCCCGCGCCCCUGCCACUCCUGCUCGCGAAGGACAAACCAGGCCCGGUGGCUGCUGCCUGGCGCUUGGCUCCGGCCCGACCGCCCUCGCAGACGCAGCCCCCUCCCAGCCCCAGCGCCGCCGCGGCCGGGCAGGAAAGACCGCGGCUGCGUCCAGGGCCUGCUCGCGGCCCCUUCUCCAGCUCCCGCCCGGCCGGGUGGGCCCCACGCCGGGAUCCCUCCCUUCAGCCUCCCGAGCGGGAGCCACCUGCCCGGCCUCCCCGGCACUCCGAGCCCCGCUCCCGGGGCUGCUCGGGGGCGGUGCAGGACCCGGGCCCCUCCCCCGAGCCGCGGCCCUACCGGGUACAGGGCGCGGGCCCGCCUGGGUCCCAGAGCAGCGGGGGGCCCGGAGCCGGUGGCGGGCGGGAGGCUCAGGAGACCCCGGUUGCUCGGCACAGCCGGAUCCCCCACAGCGGAGCCAACUUGUUCGGGGUGGAGCCGCCGCGGCCUCGCCAAUCCGGGCCCGGGGCGGAGCCGGCGCUGCGGAGCUGGGCCCCGGCAGCUCCCCCUCCCGCCCCCCAGCGCCAGGCACCGGGAACUGCCAGGCACCGACCGGGAGCCUCGCGGGGACGCCAGCCCCCUCCGGCCCCCGGCGCCAGGCACCGACCGAAGCCUCGGAGAGACGCCAGCCCCUCCCCCGGCACCGACCGGGAGCCUCCGUGGGACGCCAGCUUCCCCCCCCCCCGGCCCAGCGCCAGGCAGCGAGCGGGAGCCUCGGGGGGACGCCAGCCCCCUCCGGCCCCCAGUGCCAGGCACCGAGCGGGGGCCUCUGUGGGACGCCAGCCCCUGGUCCAGUGCCAGGCACUGGGAGAAACCAACGCCCCGUGCCAGGCACCCUCCAGAGACACCAGCGGCCGCCAGCCAGUGCCAGACACCGGGAGAAAUCUCACACACACUCUUGUCAGUUGA